AUGUCAACAGAUCGUCUUCCCGCGUCAAAACUUCCGGGAUACGGCUCACUGGCCCACGUUCAAGUCACCUGGCUGAAGCAUCAAGGGAACCUCCUUGUACUUUUUUGUAGGCCCUACUUCGAAGUCGUCAAAGUCGCCAUGCUGUGGUGUAAGGUUGUGGUGACACUGGUCUUGCUGUCUGUCUACUUGUGCUCUCUCCCGACCGCUGAUCACCUCGAGUACUGGGAGAGCCCCGGGUGCCAUCUUGUGGGUUUUGUCAAGGUUGCAACAAUCCCCGGCUGCCACACGGUCAGGUUUCAUAUGAAUGCUUGUCGAGGGUACUGCUUGUCCUACUCCAUUCUGGCACCCUACAGCUUAAUGUCCGGCAGUCGAAUCUUCAAAUCAGUUGGCAACUGUUGCUCAAUUCAAGACACUCACGAUGUGAUAGUGAACCUCCAAUGUCAAAACAACGAAAUAAGGCAAGUGACCUACAGAUCAGCUGCGUCUUGUACCUGCGCACUGUGCUCCAUAGAUCAAUCGUAGUAUGCCUUGGAGACCUCUAGAGAACAUCCAGGGAUUCGUCUGUUAUACAGCUGUCUUUUCUUUUUUUUGUUUGUUCAGGGACAAUCCAAAGCGCUAGCAAUUUGACACACAUGGGGUAUUCACACACGUUUGGUGGGGGCGUGUAGGUCACCAUAAUGUGGUAUUAAGGGUGUCGUUUUUCAACGCAGAAAAAUUGUAUACGCACCUUCGUUCAGUUAAAAAAGUUAAAAACAUGUGAGCAUUUCCCUGUCUGAUUUCCUUCCUACUGUAAGUACCAAGGGUACAGGGUCUCCUUCCGCUGUACUUUGUCCCUACCCAGUCUUGUUGAAGCCAGUCUUGUUGCAGCCGGCCUUGUUGCAGCCGGCCCUGUUGCAGCCGGCCCUGUUGCAGCCGGCCCUGUUGCAGCCGGCCCUGUUGCAGCCGGCCCUGUUGCAGCCGGCCCUGUUGCAGCCGGCCUUGUUGCAGUCCUCGUUGUAGCCCUCAUUGUCUUUCAACAACACCCAAAACGCAACGCAAACACCACAAUUGAGUUGAACGCACGAUUCGUCACUUAAAGGGGGCGUUGUUAUCUAUGCUUAGUGUUUUGGGGCAAACAUUUGGAAUGUUUUUGUGUAGCCUUUGUGGCCUUUUUGAGGAUGAGGCUACAUUUUAGGGUGUUUUAUACGCUUUUGGAGAUGAAGGAAAUGAAAUUGACCAAAGAAAUCGCUUUUCUCUCAUUAUUAAACAAAAGAAAAAUUGGAUCUCCCUUUUUAUUGGGAGGAGGGGGUAUGGCCCUCAUUGCCCUCCUCAUAAUCCGCCCUUGGGGGUAAUUGUGGGUAAUUCCAGGAAUUAAGGGUCCAUUAUUUCGUGUCCCUGUCACAUCUGACGUAUGAUUAUGAAAGUUCAG